GAAAUCUGUAUGGGCGUGGAGCAACUGAUAAUAAAGGACCUGUCUUAGCUUGGAUAAAUGCUGUGGAAACAUUUAGAGCCUUGAAAUUAGCUAUGCCAGUAAACUUCAAGUUUGUAAUUGAAGGCAUGGAAGAAGCAGGGUCCUUGGGGCUAGAAAAGUUACUUGAAGAAGAAAACCAGUGCUUUUUCUCUGAUGUUGAUUAUAUUGUGAUUUCGGACAACCUCUGGCUCAGCAACAAGAAGCCUGCUCUUACUUACGGGAGUCGGGGAAAUGCCUGCUUCUUUGUGGAGGUUGAAUGUGGCGGGAAGGACCUUCACUCUGGGACUUUUGGAGGCAUCGUUCACGAGCCGCUGACAGACCUGAUAGCUCUGCUGGACAGCCUGGUAGAUCCUACAGGUCGCAUCCAGAUCCCUGGAAUCUAUGACAGCGUCGCUGCCCUAACGGAGGAGGAGAAGAAAUUGUAUGAAUCGAUUGAAUUUGACCUAGAAGAACAUAAAAAUAAUACCGGUGUGAAAAAAUUCCUCUAUGACAGCAAGGAAGAAAUACUUCUACACCUGUGGCGUUACCCUUCUCUCUCCAUUCAUGGGAUUGAAGGAGCUUUCCAUGAACCGGGAAUUAAAACUGUCAUUCCAGCAAAAGUGAUUGGCAAAUUCUCAAUCCGCCAGGUCCCCCACAUGGACCUUUCGGUUGUGAAACAACAGGUGGUGGAGUACUUGGAGGGUGUCUUUUCCAAAAGGAACAGCCCAAACAAGCUGAAAGUGUCUAUGCCUCUGGGUGCAAAGCCUUGGCUCACUGAUGUUAAUGAUCCACUCUAUAAAGCUGCAAGAAGGGCAAUAAAAACAGUUUUUGGAGAAGAUCCAGACUUUAUUCGGGAUGGCUCAACAAUCCCUGUUGCCAGAAUGUUUCAGACUAUAACACAGAAAAGCGUGGUGAUGUUUCCAAUCGGAGCAGCUGAUGAUGGGGAGCACUCCCAGAACGAGAAGAUUAGCAGACACAACUACAUUGAAGGAACCAAAGCGUUUGCAGCCUUUUUCCUGGAGAUAUCAAAGUUACAUCGGCACACACACAAAACUUCCAACACGGAGCCGAACAACUGCUAG